AUGUCUUCAUUCUUACCUGUCAAUACUAUGUCCACCCCACAAGAUCGAGUCAUGGAGGACGCGACGACAUCAUCCACCCCUCGCCCUCAUCCCAGCUCCGACGCUGCAUCAUCUUUAGGCACCAAGACGGACGAGAGCACUCCGCGGAAUGUAAAUAUCAACGAUGACUCAACCCGCCCGAUAGACUCGCAAACCAGCGCAUCGUUAACGUCAGAUGAGCCCGCACAUGGAGAUUCGGACGUGGAACGCGAAGGCUCUGACAACGAGGACAACAAGGACAAUGCUCCCCCAUCGAAGAAGAAAAAGGGACAACGCUUCUACUGCACUGAUUUCCCACCAUGCAACUUGAGUUUUACACGGAGCGAGCAUCUGGCACGGCACAUCCGGAAACAUACUGGCGAGCGCCCGUUUCAAUGUCACUGCUCCCGCCGCUUUUCUCGACUGGACAACCUGCGCCAGCAUGCCCAAACCGUGCACGUCAACGAGGAAAUUCCAGGAGACUCACUGGCGGCGACAGGGACCAGAUUCCAACGACAAAUUCGAACGGAUCGCGUGCGUCCCCAGGGUCGCGCGAGAGCGGGCACGGCGGGCAGUCAAGGUACUCACAGUAGGGGCCAUAGCAGAAACCUUUCUGCCUCGAGCAUCACCUCCACUGCAUCGACAUUCAGUCAGCCGCAGGAGCUUCGCCGUCGGCCUGCGCCGUUGAUGAUGGCAAAUGAUCGAGCGCGACUGAUGGAUACGCUGGAUGCUCCCAGCACUCCUCCGGGGCGGGGCCUGCCAGGACCGCAGGCCGGUGGCUCCCCUUACACACCUUCACACCAUGUCUUUGCGGCAGGGCCUCAUGGUAGCCCUCAUAUUGCUUCGCCAAUGUCCACAGUGUCUCAGGCCUCGGGAUUUUGGGAGGGCAAGACAGCCGCCCGUCGAUUGUCCGUGCCAUCAGGCGCAAACCCAUUCGCAUCGCAGCCUGCCAACGUCUAUCCUCCAGGUUAUGCUCCACCCCCCGCGUAUGUUGCGCACGGAGGAGUGUAUGCCAGCCCUGUUAGCACCAAUUACUCCCUGUCUCGCGAUGAGAUGAAUCACGGAGCUUCGGACGCCGAUCUACGCAGAAGGACAUGGCACCCUUCGACCUGGUCUGCCGUCCCUCGGCCAGCCACUAGUGGCCUCAGUAACUACCAGACCCCCGAAGUGUUCCAUCCAUCGGCGAAAACCAAUGGGUCGGCGGAACAGCCUCCGCGACUGCCAGGUAUCGAGAGUUUCGAUAAGGUAGUGGCUCACCGACCACUGACCCCGCCCGUUCGACGACCGAGUCCCAUGCAAAUGGAUAACCCGACCAAGCAACCGCCGAACUACAACUUUGGAGGAGGAUUCAAUUACACGCAACCGGCUAGCCGACCAGCACCGCCAAUUUCGGGCCCCGGUCAUCGACGGGGUCACGUCUCUUGGGAUAUGUCCCUGCACACAAACCUAACCGGACUUCAUAUUCGGGACAAACCAUCUCAGCGAGAUGCAGCAAAUUGGAGCCAGCAAACUAUUGCCGAGCUCCAGAAUGUUGGUUCCCGGCCAUCCUCGUCUUACCAGCAGCAACUGCAGGAAUCUCGCGGACAUGGCCAUGCUCCGUCAUUCAGCAGUGUUACUAUGAGCUCUCAGGCCACGCGAACGUCACCCGAAGAUUCCAGCAGCAGCGAAGGAGUUCAUACCCCGUCUACUGCAUCUUUGGAGUAUCAUCCCGCAAUUGUGCAUAACAAUGGAUAUGUGGAGCAGCAUCACCCGUCUUUUGCCUCCGAAACUUCUCAAACAGCUUGCCCCCCUCUAGCCCCCCAACCUGACAGCCAUUACGGCAAACGCGACCUUCGGUCCGAUUUCCUUCCUCAUUCGGUCCGGGAACCUGGAAUGGGUCGACUGGAAGCGCUCGUUGCUGUCGCCACCAGCGAGAACAAAAGCGCCACGAAGCUCUUUAUCUAA